AUGUUUGCAUACUCCGCACUCUUGGCUCCCUGCGCUCGCAAUGCGAUGGUCUUAGGUUCAAGGUCUUACCUAAGACCUCUUUCAAGUGCUGUGCUCAAAAGUAGUAACAUUUAUUCUUCACAGACUACUAGUAAUUUGAUCACAGCACCACAAACGACUAACUUUAAUAUGCUACCCAUCAAUAGAAGGUUUCAAACAUCCACAAUCACAAGAGACAUUGAUUCGGCUGCUAAAUACAUUGGUGCCGGUGCUGCUACAGUCGGAGUCGCUGGUUCAGGUGCCGGUAUCGGAUCAGUUUUUGGAUCGCUCAUUAUCGGUUACGCGAGAAAUCCAUCACUUAAACAACAACUUUUCUCGUACGCCAUUUUAGGAUUCGCCUUGUCCGAGGCUAUGGGUCUCUUCUGUUUGAUGAUGUCCUUCUUGCUCUUAUUCGCCUUUUAA